GGGAAGAGGCUAAAGUGAGCGCUAGUUUACAAUGCGGGCGAUCGAGGGAAGGCGGAUACAGAGAGAGAAAAUCAUGAAAUCAGUAGUUGGUACUUGACGGGCAGUGGUAUUUCUGGCGUACAUUGUCAAAUGUCAAAUGAAAAAAAGUAUAUUUCUUGCUAAAAGUACAUUUAGAUUACAUUUUUGUGAUUGCAAGACUGUUGCUAUUUUGACCAUAAUAUGAAUAUAUCGAGUCGAUUUUAAGAAAAGUAACUUUGUUUGAGAUUUGUUUAGUUUGUUGAUUUGUUUGUUGUUCUCCUACAAAGGGGGAACCGGUGGGAGUGGGGGUUCAAGUGAAUGGCGCAAGGCGGCAAACCCAUUUACGCAGACAGCACAGUUGCUUUAAAUAUUUAGGAGCAUUGCCCCAUCUCGGCUUAGCUAGAAUCUUUGUUUAAACGCAAAGACUGCUGGUAAUUGGAUGUCAUGGCGCUGAACCCAAACAUUUCAACAUGAGUACUGAGCUCUGCUGACUUAUAGAUUGAGAGAAACACAGCAUCAUGUCAGGGGGUAGUAAAGCCAUCGAGCUGCAAAUGCAAAUGCGUCAGAAUGCAGAGGAUCUCCAUAACUUCAUGAAGGAGCUCGAUAGCUGGGAGGCAGACAUAAAGGUGAAGGAUGAGGAGCUCCGUACAGGAAGCCUGGAGCAACUUCAGAAAAAUCUCCCACCUGUGAGAAACAAGGAUUACAAGAAACAAAGGGUCAAAAGCAAAGGCCCUGCCAAGAAGAGCCAACAAGAGGAGCAGAAGCCACCACAGAGAAUAAAAUCUUAUGACUACCAGUCCUGGGACAAAUUUGACGUGGAUAAGGCCCUUGAGACAGUGGACAAGGAAGACAGCCCAGCUGAUUCAAAUGACUCAGACUUGGAAGAGGUGCAGGUGGACAGAGAACUAGCUAUGAAAGAGAAGGAGAAAGGCAACAAGUUCUUUAAGGAGGGAAAUUAUGACACAGCUAUCGAGUGCUAUUCCAGAGGGAUGGUUGCUGACCCAUACAACCCUGUUCUGCCAACCAACCGAGCAACGUGCUUCUUCCGACUUAAAAAGUAUGUGGUUGCGGAGUCUGACUGUAACUUGGCUAUAGCGCUGGACAGCAAAUAUAUCAAAGCUUAUGCUCGAAGAGGGGCUGCUCGUUUCGCCCUUCAGAACCUUGAAGGUGCUCUAGAAGAUUAUGAAAUGGUUCUGAAGUUGGACCCUGAAAAUCUAGAUGCCCAGAACGAGAUAACGAAACUGAACCAGGCCAUACCAUCCCAAAGGCAGAAAGACGAUGAGGUGAAGAAGCAUGUACCAGAAGUGCCGCUUGCUGUGGCUUCAGAACCAAACUACGUGGCGCAGGAACAGCUCAGACGUCAGGAGGCAGCGGUGCAGAAAGACCGGGGCAACGCAUAUUUUAAAGAGGGGAAGUAUGAGGCAGCUGUAGAAUGCUACAGUAAAGGGAUGGAGGCUGACGCUACUAAUGCUCUGCUCGCUGCCAACAGGGCCAUGGCUUACCUCAAGCUUGAGAGGUAUGCUGAGGCAGAGCAGGACUGCAGCAAGGCCAUCACUCUGGACAGCACCUACUCAAAAGCUUUCGCCAGGCGUGCCACAGCCAGAGCUGCUCUGGGGAGACUCUCUGAAGCCAGGGAAGAUUUUAAACAAGUGCUGAAACUUGAACCUGGAAACAAGCAGGCGAUGUCAGAGCUUAAGAAACUCAACAUGGUAACCUCUGGACUUUCUGUGGAUUUGACAGCUGGUGGGCAGCAACAAGCAGAUGCCACAAGAAGAACAAUUCAGCCAGUCAACAAACCAGAACAUCUCAGAUCUACCAAACCAAUGAAAAGAAUAGAAAUAGAGGAAGUUGGUGAAAUGCUCACCCCCUUAGUGGUUCCUCAGAGAACCACAGGUCCUGGGAGCUCUUCCACAUCUGAGCUGGUGGCCACCAUACCAGGCCUUUACUCAGAGGCUCAGGGUGAGGCCUCUCCACUCUCAUCCUCUCCCUCUGCCAAGAUCCAGAAAAUGGAGCAGCUGUCAGACUUUCACUCAUUGCCUCCAGACAAAGGCGCAAAUGGGAAUUCUGUUGAAAAAACUAAAUUAUUACAGACAGAGGAUAAAGUUGCUGGUUGCAUGGAGCAAACUUCACCAUCGUCAUCCUCAUCUUCCUCUUCAGUCAAUCAUGAAGUCAUCCCUCCAUGUCCUACAAACAGCUUUCAGCUAGAGGCAGAUUUAAGGAAGAUUGGUGAUCAGCCUGAAGCCAGAUAUAAAUAUUUGAAGCAAAUUCAGCCUGAUGCCUAUCAGAAGAUUUUCCAGAACUCUCUGGAGCCGGACAUUCUUAAUAAAAUUUUGAAAGUACUUCAAAGCUUUUACAUCAAGAAUGAGGAACCAUCGGUCAUAUUGGCAAUUCUGAACAGUUUGUCAAGUGUGAAAAGAUUUGACAUGGCUGUCAUGUUUAUGUCGUCUGCUGAAAAGAAAGUGUUACAGGAGUUAUUUGAGUGUGUUUCACACGCUGGGCUGAAUGAUGUCUCAGUCCAAGCCCUAAAGAAGAAAUAUGGAGUAUAACCUCGGUCUUCAGGAGGGAUUCACUGCACUCGCCUCUGUAUCAGUGGCCAUCAGAAAACUAAAACUGAAGAUACCAAGUGUAUCUGACUGUACAGCAGUCAUAUUGCUAAUAUUCUACAAUGACUUCUUCCAUUUAACUUCCAAAUUGAAGUUGUCAGUAACUCUGAAAAGGUAUUUUACACCCAAAAGGAUGCAAAAGAAAGUUGUUCCUCACUUUUUAUUUUAAUUUGAAGCAAUUAAAAUGAAUAUACACUUCCUUUAACAUUUUGGGCAGUGGUUGUGCAUGCACUAUCUCUCAUAAGAAUGUGUUACUUCAAUUAAACUAAAAAUGAUCUGUUCUUCCUGAAUGAAAUAGCAAGGUGGAAAACUGUCAAGUUUCACAAAAAAGAAUCUAGGAUAAUUGAGUUUUCUUUAGAGAAGAAAAAAGUUCAGAUGUGUUUAAGGACAGUAGAUGGCAAAAGGUGUCUGUCGAACUUUGUUAAAGGCUUCAGGAGUGAUUUUGGCUCAUCAGAUCUGUUCUGCAAUUCAUUGUUUAUUUCAGAUCACAUUAUAUAAAAAAGUUCAACAAACCAAUUGAAAAACCCUGCACUUACAAAUUUAAACAGAAGGCACUGUUAUUAAACCAGCUGUUAAGGAUGGAUUUGUCAUUUGGAAAAGGUCCUUUGCAGAAAGGAAGCAAUUGCACAGCUUUCUGAUACCAGACUUUAUAGGCAGAACAGCUGACAUCACCUCACAAUUACAGUCCUCUAUUCAGUCCAUUAUUCAUGCUAUUUCAACAGGACACCUCCAUGAUUCUGUAUGGAAUCUUACUAUAGAUGAUCAUCACUAGCCAUUUCUGUCUUCUCCCCAAAAUUCAUAAGGAAACAAUCCUGGAUGUUCUAUUGUAUCUGCUUGUUCCUGCCCAACAGAAAUUAUAUCCCAGGUUUUCACAAA